AUGGACACCAUGAUCCCACAGCGCCCCCUUCCCUCAAAGGAAGCCCUCAAACAAUUCUAUAUGCAUAAAACCCUCACGGAAAUCCCUAAGCCCGCCGCCGUCCUAGACCUGGCCAUUAUCAAACGCCACUGCAACUCAAUGCUCCAGACAAUCCAAACCCUAGGCGUAGGCUUUCGAGCCCACGUCAAAAGCCACAAAGUAAGUUCAAUAUCCAUAUCCCAAACUUCCCGUAACCAGGCCACCCUAUUUCCAAAAAAAAAAAAAAAAAGAACCCACCGUAGAAACCCCCACCCCAAAAGCCCCCUCCCAACAAAUGAUAACAAUGAAAAGACAACCGAACUAUCCCGUCUCCAAGUCGGGACCUCAUCACCAGAGAUCAAUUACGUGGCUUCCACAGUCCUAGAAAUCGAGAGUCUGGUUCCCUUGUUGAGAGAGUUCCAGUCCAAAGGCCGCAAAGUCAAUAUCCUGUAUGGGAUCCCACUUGUCCCAUCCCAGGUUUCCCGGUUGGCCCUUGCUGCGGCAGAGCUUGGACCGGACAGUGUUUCAGUGAUGAUUGAUCACCCGGACCAAAUCAAGUUUCUGGAUACCUUUUCCCGGAUUGCGGGGUUUGCGGCGGGGGUCUUCCUUAAGGUUGAUUGUGGGUAUCAUCGGGCUGGAUUGCCGCCGAGGGCGAUGGAUAAGGGGGGUUUAUUUUCUAAGCUGGAGGAGUUGGAGAAGACGGGAGCGGGGAGAUUGGUUGGGAUUUACUCGCAUAGUAGUUUGAGUUAUGGGGGACGGAAUCGGGGGGACGCACUCAGGCAUUUGAGGGGGGAGGUCGAGGCUUGUUUGCUUGCUUUGGAUUCCUAUGCCGGGGUUUUGCCCGUGGAUAGGGAGUUGGUUGUCAGUGUGGGUGCGACGCCGCAGGUUGUUGCUGCGGAGGCUGUGGCCGAGGGGGAUGAUGCUGAGCUGGAGGAGUUGAGGAAGUUUCUAAAGGAGCCGGAUACGGGGGCAUUCAAGGGACGGGUCAGGGUUGAGUUGCAUGCGGGCAAUUACCCGUUGCUGGAUAUGCAGCAGAUGAGUACAAAUGCGGGGGGUGUGCGGGAGAGAUUCUUUGAUGAGGUGGGUGCUUAUGUGGUGGCUGAGACUUGCAGUGUUUAUAACGAUGGGGAGCGUGAGUAUCCGGAGGCGCUGGUCGCUGUGGGCACUUUGGGUAUGGGGCGUGAGCCUUGUCCGAGUUAUAAAGGAUGGGGGGUCGUUGGGCCUUGGGGCUUGCCAACCACCCCGCAGAGGGAUCGUUUGUAUAUUGAUCGGAUCAGUCAGGAGCACAGUAUCCUGAGGUGGGAGUCGGAGGAUGUUGCAAAGAAGAUUCCACUGAGUGUUGGACAAACUGUCAAGAUUUAUCCCAAUCAUGCGUGCAUAACAGGUGCGAUGUACGGUUGGUACUUGGUGGUUGACUCCAGUAGUGACCCCGAUGCUACAAAGGUAGUUGAUGUCUGGGUUAGGUGGCUGGGAUGGUAA